CGACGUCCAAGUUCAGUUUCUUCUGUUCACAAAACUCAAAGCGGACGGUGCUCCGCAUAAACGGUGUUUCGAGUCUGCGCGACGGUUCAGCGAUAAUAUUAUUGUGUACAUACAUACACAUAACUAUAGUUUUAAUUAAUAAAGUCGCCUAUGUACGCGCAGAAGUUCUAAUUGAGCGUCGUCGUCGUCUUCGUCAAAGUUGAUAGUCGUCGUAGUAUAAUACAUAUAUUUAUAAACAAUUGUGCAGUAGAAAUCAAUUGAAUUGAGUGUCGCGAUUACUUACUUGUGAAACGUAUGCGCUGAUAAGAAAAAUAUUUCUAACGCAUUUGAAAUAGUUUUGAUAUUUUUUUUCUGUACGAAAGCGUUUCAUUUCGUAGCACAAACAAACAACGCGAAAGCAAUUCAACAAAAGAAGAAAAGUGUAAAAGUUUGCGCGUAUUUUUUGGGAAAGAAAAAUAAACGCAAAGCUUGGCUUAAUUAAAAAAAAUAAACUUUUGGAAAAUAAAUAAUUAAAGCUCACGUUAAAGUCACAAAAUGGUGCCAAUAAUUAAGAAAGUAAGCAGCUAUUACAACGCCUAUGCGUUGGGCGUACUCACAGUCGGCUAUAUACUCGGCGAAUUGGGUCAUUAUCUCAUCGGUGUUACUUCCAAACAGACCGCCAUUGAAUUGGAUUAUGGCGAUAAAGCCUGCCAACAAAAUAAUACCAUGUUUACACGUCACGAACUACCACAACAAUGUUCGAUGGUGAAGGAAGAAGACAGCUGUGUUGCUUUAACACUUAAUGACACCACUUACUGCGAAUGGAAUUACAAUGGCUUGGGUAUUGAUUAUCAGAUACUUGCUGGUCCCACCUUCAUAUUGGUAUUUACAAUUGCUGGUGUGUUUAUGGGUUUCGCCGCUGAUAAAUACAAUCGUGUCAAAAUGUUGACAGUUUGUACUUUAAUCUUCGCUGUCGCUAUAAUUUUACAAGGCACUGUGAGCGCCUACUGGCAGUUGCUGCUGUUGCGUAUGGUUAUGGCAUUAGGUGAAUCCGGCUGCAAUCCGUUAGCCACUGGCAUCAUGUCCGACAUUUUCCCCGAAAAUAAACGCGCACUUGUCAUGGCCAUUUUCAAUUGGGGCAUCUAUGGUGGUUAUGGCAUUGCUUUCCCUGUAGGUCGUUACAUUACCAAAUCGAAUUUCUUCAAUCUCGGCUGGCGUAUGUGUUAUCUGGGUACUGGCGUGUUGGCCAUCUUAGUAGCCGCACUCACCGGCACUACACUCAAGGAACCCGAACGUAAGGCAAUUGGUGAGGCCGAUCGCACUAAAGAUGGCAAAAAGAUUGGUUUGUGGAAAGUGUUGGUUAAUCCUGCUAUGAUUAUGUUGAUGAUUGCUGCUUCCAUCCGCCACUCUGGUGGCAUGACCUUUGCCUAUAAUGCUGAUCUGUACUACAAUACAUACUUCCCUGAUGUUGAUCUCGGCUGGUGGUUGUUCGCCGUCACCAUUGGUAUUGGUAGUGUGGGUGUGGUUGUUGGUGGUGUUGUCUCCGAUAAAAUUGUCGCCAAAAUGGGUAUACGUUCACGUGCUUUGGUCUUAGCUGUGAGUCAGCUCAUCGCUACAUUACCCGCUUUCGGUUCGGUGUACUAUGAUCCGUUAUGGGCUAUGAUCACCUUGGGUUGCAGUUACUUCUUCGCCGAGAUGUGGUUCGGUAUUGUGUUUGCGAUUGUUGUGGAAAUUGUACCGUUGCAAGUGCGCUCCUCAACCAUUGGCGUCUUCUUGUUCGUAAUGAACAAUGUUGGUGGCAAUUUGCCCAUUCUGUUGGAUCCAGUUGCUAAGAUGAUUGGUUUCCGUGAGGCGUUCAUGAUCUUCUACGCAGGCUUCUAUGGCAUAAGUUCAGUGCUUUUCCUCAUCACCUGCUUCUUGUUGGAAGGCAAACCGAAGGACAAUGAUUCUACCACAACCGAAGGCGAACAAAAAAUCGAUGGCCUGGAGGCACACACACGUCAAAUGCGUGGUCAUGACAAUUCGGUGUUCACUGUGGACGAAACACUACCACAUAAUGCACGUCCAGCGGUACUACCACAGCAUUUACAGUUGUCGAACAAUGGCCAUGACAAAUAUACACCCGCCACACGCGAGAGCAGCAGACUGUAAUGUUAGUUUGGAGCCCAACGACUUAGGAACAAUGCGGUUGAGUUUUAUUUAUCUUAAGUGCAACAAGUGAGUAGUGUAGACUGCUUGUUAGACUUAUAAAAUAUGACACUUUACGAAUUUUCCAUAAU